AUGGCAUGCCCUCCAUGCUAUAAUAGGAUUCUCUUUUUUCGAGUUUUUGUUUUCUGUUCCACCCGUUGCAGAGUAUUGCUAGAGCCUUUUUUCAAAUAUAUACGCCCGAGUGUUCUUGUGAACUCUUUUAGAUUCCUUCUUCUUAUUCACAGGAGUCGCAAAGCUCGUUUUCAAAGAGAAAUAAAGACCAGAUCAGCUCUAUUAUCGUUGGUCGACGCGCGUUACUCCAGGCCAGUUCAACAACAAAGACAACAUGUGGUAGAGGUGAAAUUGUGGAUAACCUUGUGGAGGGCUUGA